AUGGAUGUCAAGAAUGCUUUCCUGCAUGGUCAUCUCAAUGAAACAAUCUAUAUGCAUCAACCCAUGGGUUUUCGUCACAAAACUUAUCCUGAUCAUGUUUGUCUUUUAAAGAAAUCUUUAUACGGCUUGAAACAAGCUCCUCGAGCUUGGUACCAAAGAUUUGCUGAUUUUGUUGCUACCAUUGGGUUUUCUCACAGUCAAUCAUAUCACUCUUUAUUCAUCUACAAGAAUGGUUCUAACGUUGGUUAUAUUCUGUUAUAUGUGGAUGACAUUAUACUUAUAGCUUCCUCUGAUCGUCUGCGUAAGAAUAUUAUGACUCUUUUAGCAUUUGAAUUUGCUAUGAAGGAUCUGGGUCCUUUGAGUUUCUUUUUGGGUAUUGUCGUCACUCGUCAUGCUCAUAGUCUUUUCUUAUCUCAGAAACAAUAUGCUGCUCAAAUUAUUGAACGUGCAGGAAUGUCUAACUGUAGUCCAUGUCCUACUCCUGUUGACACUAAGUCUAAACUUAGUGCCACCGCUGACACUCCUUAUGAUGAUCCGACUACGUAUCAUGCAGGUGCUCUUCAAUAUCUUACAUUUACUCGGCCAGACAUCUCCUAUGACGUGCAACAGAUCUGUCUUCAUAUGCAUGCUCCGACUAUUGAUCAUAUGCGUGCUCUCAAGCGUAUCAUACGUUACAUUCAGGGCACCCUUUCCUUUGGUCUCCACUUGUACAAGUCCAAAAUUGAUGGUCUUAUCUCAUAUAAAGAUGCAGAUUGGAGAGGUUGUCCUGACACCCGUCGGUCUACCUCUAGUUAUUGUGUUUUCCUCGGAGACAACUUGAUUUCUUGGUCUUCAAAAUGA